UCGGUCGCUCCUUUGCAAAAACGAUCAUGAGUGAUUCGAAACGCAUCCUAACAAAUUUCCAAAACAUCAAUGACUAUAGUAUACAAUUAAAUCGAUGGUUUCUCAUAUCGAUCGGUGCUUGGCCGCAAGUAAGCGCGCCGAGUAGAGUAAAAAAGAUUAUAGUGUCGAUGCAAAUUUUCAUUUUUUCGACCGUGGUGGCGGUCAUUAUGCUACCGUGCCUAUUGUACGUGUUCUUUGAGAAAGUAGACAUUAAGAUGAAACUAGGCGCCGUCGUUCCGCUAAUGCACAGAGUCAUGGGAUCCAUAAAUUACUGGGUAUUACUUGCGCGUAACAAAGACAUUCAGUAUUGUAUAAGGCAUAUGGAGACGGACUGGCAACGCGUUCAGAAACUUGACGACCGCGAGGUGAUGCUGCGAUACGCCAAGAUCGGCCGUUCCAUAACCGGAUUCUGCGCAAUAUUCAUGCACAGUGGUACGCUCCUCUUUUCCGUGGUCAAAGCGAUAAAAACUACGACCUUUACCGUCGGCAAUCAAACCUUCACGAUGUAUCCGAUGACAUGUCCGGCAUACAGCAAGAUCAUCGACGUGAGAUUCAGCCCUACGAACGAGAUCCUGCUGAGUGUGCAAUUGAUGUCGACGCUUAUAGUGAGCUCCUCUACGGUAGCUAUUUGCGGUCUCGCCGCUGUCUUCGCGAUGCACGCCUGCGGUCAACUGAACGUAUUGCAUUCGUGGUUAAACGAGCUUACCGAGGAAAAGAAAAAUCAUGUAAUAGAACGAAAACUCGCUACUAUUGUGCAACAUCAUUGGAGAGUUCUCAGUUUUGUCGUACAAAUAGAGAGUAUCAUGCAUAAAGCCUGUCUAGGAGAAUUGAUGGGAUGCACGAUGUGUAUGUGUUUACUUGGAUAUUAUUCUGUUCUGAACUGGGGUGCAUUCGAUGCAGUAAAAAUAUUUUCAUACAUGGGUGGAAUUAUAACGAUGAGUUUCAAUAUAUUUAUAUUUUGUUACAUCGGUGAGGUUCUCACGGAACAGUGCAAAAAUGUUGGGGAAGUAGCAUAUAUGACCAACUGGUAUAAACUGCCUCGCAAAACGGCGCUUGGUUUUGUUUUGAUAAUCAUGCAAUCAAGUUACAUCAUUAAAAUAACGGCAGGAAAAAUAUUUCGGUUAUCCAUAGCAACCUUUGGCGACGUAAUCAAAACUUCCUUGGCAUAUUUAAAUUUUUUGAGAACAAUGACUGCAUAA